UAUUCAUAGUUAACGUGUUUUGCUCUUGGUUCAUCCAUUUUUAACAUGUUUUCCACAGGGACACUGCUGUUCCUAACUACAAGUAGAAGAUACUUUCUAGUUGAUGCUAAUGCUUUAGCGAAAGAAGUCUUCAAAUAAAAUGGAAUUAGAAAGUAAUGGAACAAACAUUACAAAUAGUUCAAUUAACGAAACGUACGUUACUUCUGCAUACAAUCUUAAUCAAGAAGACACCAACUGGAUUGUGACAAAUUCUUUUAUAAUCUUUACUAUGCAAACGGGUUUUGGUAUGUUGGAAUCUGGAUGCGUUUCUUUAAAAAAUGAAGUUAACAUUAUGAUGAAAAAUGUAGUAGAUAUAGUACUUGGUGGACUGACUUAUUGGGCAUUUGGUUUUGCCAUGAGUUUCGGAUCAGAAAGAUUAAACAAUCCUGUUAUCGGUAUGGGUGAAUUUCUGAUAGAUCCUUCCAUAAAUGACGAACUUAUGGGUCCAAAGUGUGCUGCAUUUUUGUUUCAAUUAAGUUUUGCAACUACUUCAACAACAAUCGUUAGCGGUGCUAUGGCCGAACGAUGCAAUUUUAAAGCGUAUUGCUUAUUUUCUUUCUUAAACACCAUUGUAUAUUGCGUACCAGCUGGAUGGAUAUGGGGUGAUCAUGGGUUCUUAAAAAAUUUAGGUGCUGUUGAUAUUGCUGGUUCAGGAGCAGUUCAUCUUGUUGGAGGCAUUUCUGCACUUGCAUGUGCCAUUAUGUUAGGACCAAGACUGGGCAGAUACGACAAAGGAAUUGAUCCAUUGCCUCUUGGAUGUCCGGUCAAUGCCAUUAUGGGCUUAUUUGUACUUUGGUGGGGCUGGUUAGCUUUCAAUAGUGGCAGUACAUACGGUGUCAGCGGACAACGAUGGCAAUAUGCAGCUAGGGCAGCGAUUUCUACUAUGCUAGCUAGCAUGGGAGGUGGUUUAAUUGGAUUAGGUUUCAGUUUAUAUAAUCCAAAUGGAAUUGAUAUUUUGAGCCAGAUAAAUGGUAUUCUUGGUGCACUGGUUGCAGUUACAGGCGGUUGUUUCCUUUAUAGAGCCUGGGAAGCUAUAUUUGUUGGAAUGAUCGGUGCUUUUAUCACGUGCUUCAUAAUGCCACUAUUAGAUAAAAUACAUAUCGACGAUCCUGUUGGAGCUAGUGCAACACACGGUGCAAGUGGAGUUUGGGGUAUCAUUGCUAUCGGUCUAUUUGCUGACAACCCAUAUCCUCUUAAUACUACCAAAGGAAGAAAAGGGUUGUUCAAAGGAGGAGGUUGGUACUUAUUAGGAAUACAAUGUCUAACUGUUAUAUGUUUAGCACUUUGGAGUUUUCUUGUAUCUCUAGCUUUGUUAUGGUUCAUAAACAAAAUUAUACCAAUUAGAAUGAGCGUUCACGAAGAACUUCUAGGUGCAGAUUUAGUAGAGCAUCGAAUAAGACAUAUACAGAUUGGAGUAAGCAGAGCUAUGUCUGCUAUUCGUCCAUUUUCACAAGAACAUGAAUUAAAUAACGUGCCUCCUGUAGGAAUCAAUCCUGGUCACGAUUCGUAUAUCGAAAGAUACAAUCGUAAAAAUCGUUUAAAACAGAAAAAACGAUUUUCUCUCGGAAAAAAUUUAUCGAAGAUUCCUCAAACAAAUACUAUUACCGACAUAGUAUUAACUGGAAGCAAUAAGCCAAAUUUCGCUUGGAUGGAUUAAUAUUUGUCAAUGCUUUUUAACAAUUUAUCGAAUGUUAAUUUAUUAGAAACGUAUAAAUGUAUUCACAUACAUACACGUUCUAACUCGUUUUCAGUUUUCACACGUUACUGUGAGACGUACACUAUACACACAUUCUGUAAUAAAUAAUCAAAAUCUUAUACAGAGUUACAUAUAUGAAAAUUAUGCACGCUAAUGUAUAAGGAAAUAAUCCUGUUGAAAAAUCACAGAUACAGUACAUAUAUACGUAAUAUAUCUAUACCUUGAAUGGCUCGAUAAGUAGCAUGGCACAUAUACAGAGCUUACUUCUAUCAUAGUUAAUUUUAAAUAAAAUAUUGUUAU